AAAUGGAAUUACUACAGAGCAAACAGGAACUGGAACGACAGAUUGCUGACCUAAAGAACACCGAACACAAGGUUAUCAAAUUAAAGGAACAAAUUGGACAAAGAUCAGAUCAAGAGAAAGUGGUUGUAACACAACUAGGGGAAGAGCGUAUGAAGCUUUUAAAAGUGCAGUCGGCUCUCCAUGAAAUGGAAGAAAAGUACUAUGCCAACACAGCUGCCGUGCAGGAUAAAAUCACACGUGAUUACAGAGAUGAAAUCCGUCUCCUUCGUCAACAGCUGCGUGAGAAAGAGAUGAUGAGGGAACAGGACCGUUUCCUCAGAAGCAAAAUGACAGAUGAUUGUGCCACUUUGAUCAAGGAAAAUGCCCAGCUACAUUCACAGAUUCUUGAGCUGAAAAAGCAAUUAGACAGGGAGAGGAUGGUGAAAGAAGAGACUGAUUUUUGCCGUACUUCAAGUGUGGUUCAACUGAUUACUGUGAAGGAUCAUAAGCAGCAACUGGAGUAUGAGGUGAAGAGACACAAGGAGCUCCUGGAAAUUAAGAAAAACAAAUUUCAGGAACUUAUGGAAAAGAUUCUUCUCCUUGAACAAGGGAAGACCUCGCUGGAACUGAGCAAAGCCACUGUGCACAGUCGUGUAGCUGAGAUACAAAGCAGAAUUGCGAAUACCGAAGAAGAGAACCUGCAGUUGCAAAGAGACAAGGCUCUGCUGGUUGACCUCAUCGCUGAUUUACAGAAGCAGUUUUCAAGUAAGGAAGAAGAGCUCUCCCGAAUCUACUCUGAGAUACAUUUAUUUGAUGAAGACAUUUCCACUCUGAAAUCCCAAAAUACACUGGAACAGUCCGUUCAGUCCGAAAAAUGGCGGGAACUCUCCAGAGUGUCCAGUUUGGCAAAAUUAACUGGGCCAAUGAGCAGGAAUGGUAGAAAAAAUGCUCACUAAAGUUUUAGUCAACAUGUAGUGUAAUUUACAGCUUUAUAUAGAUGAAAUAAAUAAGCUAAAACCUGUGCAUUCCAAAAUAUAAGAAUUUUUUCUUUGACAAUUAGCUUUAAUAUGCAAUUUGUAACAGACCUGCAUUUUGUUUUGUA